UCAAGUGAAAUAGCAUCAACUUCAGUUGCAACUGACGAAGUACGAAGUCGGCACGACUUGUGGCUUUUGACUUCUUCGCCAUGACGGCCUGUGAGUCUGUGUGUAGUAGUAUGGCCGGAUAGAAGUUGUAGAAAGUAGUUCUGCCGGGGUUCAUUUUCUCGUUGCUUUGAUCUUCCGUAGUUAUCGCACCCUCCCCCCGCCUGAGCUUUGCUUGUCGUCCUCUUGCAAUAAAUCAGUAACCUGAACUUAUUGAUAUUCAAGAGAUUGAUGAUGUCGACUACAGACGGUUUAAGUGAAAAUCACCUCGUCCGAAAUACUACCAAGAUCGACCUGGAGUCGCUGACCAAAGAGGAGGUCGCAAAACACCUCGAACUCCUUCCCCACCCAGAAGGUGGCUUUUUCAAGGAAACCUGGCGGAGCAGUGUUUCGUCUAGGAGCGGAACGAGCGACAAGCAGGUGGUCUGCGGCACGGCGAUUUAUUUCCUCCUCGGAAAAAAUGACCGCUCGCAUUUGCACGUUUUGACCAACGGGAAUGACGAAGUUUGGCACCAUAUCCUGUGCAAAAACGUAAAUACCGCACGACGCCCCAGAGUUGUAAUAAGUCCAAAUUCGCAUACCGCUAGAGAUAGCGUGUGGUCGCAUGCAGGUUUCCACAACAGGCGGUAUGAUUUUCUUGCCGUGCUCAUGAAGAAGAACGAAAAAAACUGGUCACGGGCUGAUUCGGAUGUUGAGGCAGUGGAGUGGGUGUCUGACGCGUCCUCUGCAAGCGAAGCGUAAGAAGAAGAACGACUAGAAUGCAUAAUAAUAAAAUAUGUCCGAAUUCCUCAUUAUCUUUAUCUAUCAUGCGUGGUGCAGAUGCUGAAAACUUCAGGGAUUUGUCUCGACAAACCCCAGGGCGUAUACGUAGUUACGUGUUUCCACAGGAUAUAUCACUACGCCGGCGGAACUUUGGAAAUCGUGGAGAUCGAUCCGGAUUGCGGUAGAGAAAACAGCAAAUUGAAUGCUGUAUCGAUCACAAGACUAGGAAAGAACAUUCUGCACGGGGAGAAAAUACAGCACACGGUCAAGGCGGGAAAAAUUUUUGGCAGCAGGAUGCUGGCCGCUGAUGGUCCUCCAGUAGAACAGCAAAGCGGCACCGCCUCCGUCAACUGGGCGCUCGUUGGCUGCACGGUGUGCCCGGGCUUCGAGUUUGAAGAUUUUGCGAUUUUGUGUAUGGGUUGAGAGAUCUUGUUCUGUGGUGUCAGUGGUCCUCGCACUUACUGUUUGAUAGAAUCGAUCUCAUGAAUGGUGGUCUCCAAUCGACAUUUUUACGAUGAUGAGAUGUUGACGUCGAAUGCAAUUGUGGUCAUGCUUCUGAUCAGAAUUCAGGAAGGGACGGCUCACAUUUUUCAUGACCGCCCCAGUAAGACAUGCAACAAGAAAAAUGAAUGACGGCCACAACAUGGACACAGAUAGAUUUCUCUUGAAUAUUGACACGAAAUGAAUUAUUGAAGCAAUUUCCUAUGCAUACUGACAUAAUCCUGGACCUCACCCGACCGGAUCCGGAACACGCGCUCUAAUUCUAAAUCAAUGCUCUAAAAAGUCUUAUCGUGUGCCGGUAACGAUAACAUUGAUUUUGACUAACUUUCGAAUUUUCCAAAAUGUUUGUUUCCUACAUGAUGAGUGGUUUCUCUAUUCCGAAGAUUUUCCCAUAACCAAAGAAAAUGAAAAACACUACAAAUGAGAACGAAAGAAUAACUCCAUAUCCUUAUCAUCUGUUGUUGUCUGUUCCGAAUGAAACAUACCAACACAUCCAACACAUAAGAAUGAAAAUCCCUCCCAUCAAAUGGAUGAAUUAUUUUGAUCAUGAAAAUUUUUCGAUGAAUAUCCUUUAAUCGAAUCAAUGGG